UUCUCCCCCCCCCCCCCCUCUCCCCUUUUAUCUGACUUUUUAAUUCUCUUGUCUAUUUCUGUCUCUAUAUCUCCCUCCGUCUCGUUCUUUAUCUCUGUCCUCCAGAUGUCAGGCUUCUUUUUGCUGCAUGUAUUACAUGCACAGCUUAUCCAUGCUCGCACAAAUCCAGCAGGAUUUCUUGGUUUCUGUCUCUGGAAGAGUAACGAAUAAAACAGAAGAAACAGGAAUAAAAGAGUGCCCUGUCAGGAGCAGUAAUUCAGAUAAUGUCCAGACUGUGAGGAGUAAAUACAGGAACAAGCCCGGCCUCGGAACAUGAUUGGCUGUGAGGGCUUGAAGGGGUGAAAGCCUGAGAGGUGGCCGCUCCAAUGGCGUGGACCGAGCCACGGACGCGUCCAGACCCAAAGCAGGAACCGAAAUUGACAAGUUACAAUGGCAGGACUUUUUCAUCAGCCAUCCUUCAAGUUCAGCCUCCUUUUUUACUGCCCUUCCUUCUCCUGCUUGCUGCCUUUGCUGACCUGGGAACUGCUGGUCCACCCCAGCCAGCCCGCCCCCCUCUCCUGUCUGGACAGCCUUUUAUCAUUUUCUGGGGCAUUUCUGACUCUGCCUGCUCCGAUCGGCCAGAUCCAAGCUCCUAUGGGAUGGAACGGGAGGGCCGUGUGGCAGUUUUUUAUGAGGACACUCUAGGGAACUACCCUUAUUUUAUAGACAAAGACACACCGGUGAACGGCGGGUUACCACAGCACACACGGCUGGACAACCACCUUCAAAAGACACAGCAGGACAUAGAGGCAGCUUUACCUGCCCCAAGGUACCUCGGGCUGGGGGUGCUGCGCUGGGCAGAGUGGGUUCCUCAGUGGUCAAGAAAUCGAGAAAAGCAGGCGAUGUGUCUAGAGGCUUCUAGGAACCUGAUGAAGAAUUUCUUUCCGAACUGGACCCCAGAGGAGGUCGAGAGGUGGUCACAGGUGGACUUCGAGGCAGCAGCGCAGGCAGUAAUGACGGAAACUCUACGGGAUGUCAAAAGGUUGAGGCCCAAAGCAUUAUGGGGCGUCUCCCCGUACCCCAGCUGCUACAACGGGGAUCCCGCCCAGACCAUAUUAGCCAAUUACACCAGCCAGUGCCCUGCUACGGAGAUGGCCCUUAACGAUGAGCUUCUGUGGCUAUGGAAACGAUGCUCCGCCCUCUACCCUCUCCUCACCCUGGAAAAGAUGCAGGGUGGCACCCCUGGAGCCAGGCUUUAUUUGUCCAGUCAAAUCAAAGAAGCAAUAAGAGUUUCCUCUCUGGCUGGGACUGCGUUUGAUCUUCCUGUUUUCCCACUGAUCAAGAGUGUCUACGCCUCUACUAACAGUUUCCUGUCACAGGCAGACCUGGUCAGCACCAUAGGAGAGAGUGCUGCCAUGGGAACAGCUGGAGUUGUCAUCUGGGAGAGAAGUGAGACUAAGACAGAGAGAGAAUGUCAGGACCUAGCAGAGUUUGUACGUAAGGUACUGGGACCCUACUCCAUGAACGUAACCACGGCAACUCGGCUUUGCUCAGCCUCUCUGUGCCAGGGAAAGGGACGAUGUGUUCGUCAAAAUCCAGAAAGCUCGGCAUACCUCCACCUCGCUCCGCCACUCGCACCCACACCUCCGUCCGAAGUGGUGAAGGUGACAGAAAAGGCAGAGGCCGAUAAAGCAGCAGAGGCAGAAAAAGCCACAGAUCAGCCGGACACAAACACUAAAGCAGUCGAACCAGACCCGGCAGAGAUCUGGAAGAAGGACUUCCAGUGCCAGUGGUACAAGACAGCAGAUGGGGAGGUCUCGGACCAGCAGUCCCCCAAAGACGGAGCAUCUGUUGUGGGUAAAGUAAAAGAAAAGGCUGAAGAUGUAAUGGGGACUACAAGAACUCCUUCUACAAGAGCUUCUACAACCAAAGGGGCCUCUGUGAUUGAGUCGAGAGGAAGCAGUUCAAAUGGUCCUCAAAGUCCAUCGCCUUCCCUGGAAGUAACUACCGGUAGUUGUACGAAUCCAUCGAGUGCCCCAAACCUGACUGGUCUGCUGUUGCUGGUGGCUGGAAGUCUUACCUGGAACUUUAAAAUGUGAACAAACCAGGAAGGUCUGGUCUAGGAAUGCAAUAUGAGCCCUUCUGAAGUGCCCUUGAGCAAGACACUGAUCACUGCUAGCUGCAGGAGUGCUGCUUUGUUCAGUACAACAGACUAUGUUUAAAGCUGGAACUUCAAACAUAUCAACGAACGUGCCAAGAGACAGUAGUGGUACAAACACUUGUCACUUUUCUUCAGUUUCUCCAGGCUGUAUUUAAUCCUUUUCAGAGAGAGGAGAUGUGACAUUUUAGGUAGUCCCUGUCAUAUUGAAUCAGCCAUGUUUUACCGUGACCACAGAUACAGGAAUGCAGACCGUUUUGUUUUUUUUGCACAUUUUGUUUGUACAUUUUUCUGUCAGUGCUUUGUUGUAUGGAAAUGAUUUCAUGUUUUCAAGUUUCUCUUUCCAUUUAGUAGUUAAGUGUUGGGUUAAAGGGUUGGUUCGCCAAAAAAAAAAAGAAAGGAAAAAGAAGCAUUUCAUUGUAUUGGGGUGAAGGAGACUUUUUGUUUAUUUGAAACACAAGUGAACCAGCCCUUUAAUCUGCCUUAUUGUUUUUGUUCCUUCGUUUUCCAGUAGUAAGUUUGACAUCCAUAUCUAGGACAAAGGACAUAUGUUUUAACUUUGGCCUUCAAAUGUUGCAUACUGUCUAAAACAUCCAGACUUUGUGGCAUCAAAUAUUAUUUUUUUCAUUCACUUGACUGCAGCUCACUAGCUUCUUCCGCGUGAGUGGUAGCAGAAUUCAACAUGGUCAUUGUAAUUGAAAUGUCACAGCAGCAAGAGCAGGGGUGUAAACAAUACCAUUAUUGAUGGCUGGAUUUAAUUUAACCGCUUCAGUUACUCUCUGUCACAGCUUACAGGGAAUAAAACAGAGCCAUGGUUAAUGUUAUUUCUGACAUUGUGCUUUUCCUGCUGGGACACAUCAAAAUAUCUGCUGUGAAAAAGCUUCUCGGUCUCACCAGCAUAAAGUUAUAGUAAUUAAAAUGUCUGUUUUAAAUGCAGGAUCUGUUGAUCAAAGGACAUACAGCCGUAGACAAAAAUCAAGAGACCACUUCAGCAUUAUCAUUUUCUCUUGUUUCAUUAUUUAUAGGUUUGUCUUUUGAGUUAAAUUACACAUUUGUAUUGUAUUCUAUAAACUACUGACAAUGUUCCUGUGUUGGACUUCAACAGACACUGGAAUGGCUGCCAUACAUGUAGAGAUAAAGAUUUAAGAACAAUUUGGAGUGGUCUCUUAAUUUUAUCCGGAGCUGUACAUUCAAUACAUAAUAAGCAUCUGUGCAUAUAUGUAAAUAUUUUUUUCUAAGCCAGUGUUGUUUAUAACUGCUACUGCCUCACUCCCAUCCUUCUUGAGGUAGUACAAUGUAAAAAGAAAAAAAGGAAUAAACUUGGAAAACGUUUGUUUUU